UUCCAUGGAAACCAGACGCCUCGCUUUCUCAAGCGGCUGAAAGACGCAAACAAAGUCCAGACGACGCGGCUGUCCGACAGGAAUCAGAGGCUCAGCAGUGAUGUCACUUCCUCAGGAAGCAGAACAUGUGACGUCAUGCAGCAAUCCUGGAAACCCGGUUUUCUCCUGCAUCAUCAGCUCGAAGGUGAAGGAAGGGACCCUGGGGAAGAUCCAUCCCCAGAGCGUCCUGUACAGAACCACAUCAGGCGACUACGGCCGGCUUCCUCCCAGCUUUGAGAGCGCCCCCUGCAGCUACCACCCCAAGACCCAGAGCUUCAGCCGCCAGAUGCAGCUGGGAGGAAUGUUUCAUGGCUGCUCCAUGAACACGGCACUCGAUAAAACCCAGCUGUGUCUGCAAAACACCAUCUGAGCAUGCUCAGACGACCAGCCUUCGGCCACGGCGGCAGCUCCUCUUCCUCACUGAUAAUAACUUUAGAUAGUAGCGACUGCUUUGUUGGUGUGACAACAUUUGAUAUGUAAUUACUGAGUUAGAUAUUAUAUCAUUAAAGUGAAUCCAUCUUGGCUCUGA